GAUGCCAAUAAAGCAAUGAGUAAAUAUCUUCUGGAGAAACUGAAGAUGAAAGAAAAAUGGCUUGGAGUCUGGAAGACCAAUCCAGAGCUUUUCUUCAUCAAUUCUGAAAAUGUCCUUAUACCUUUUGUUGGAAUACUUGUUGAAGUUACUUGCAAACCAUCUCAGAGCACCUCAUCUCACUUGAAAGCUUCUAUAUCUGUUGCUGAACCAUUUUCCUCUAAUAUUGCAAAUAUUCCAAGAGAGCUUGUUGAUAAUGUUUUGGAUGAACUGGACCAUUGUGUACCUUUGCUGGAAAUCUACCCUGUCGAGGGGCAGGAUAUGGUAGUAUUUGAUAUUGCCCAGGCUUUGGACGUUGUGAGGUUUUUCUACGACUUCCUUUGGAGGGACUGGGAUGACGAUGAAAGUUGUGAGACCUAUACGGCACUGGUAGAAGAGAGAAUUAAACUUUGGUGUGAUAUUGAGAAUGGAACUAUUCCUGCUCCAAUUGGUCAACGUUUUAGAAAAAAUCUGGAGAAGUAUAAAAACAUGCAUUUGGAAUUGAUUCAGUACCAAAGUAAUAUUAAAGAAGAACCUACAGCAGAAGAAGCUGUUGAAUGUUGGAAAAAAUACUAUGAACUAGUAAUGCUAUGUGGAUUGCUGAAAAUAUGGGAGGACCUUCGCCUCAGAGCUCAUGGACCUCUGACCCCAAGGAUACUGAGGCGUAGGAGAGGACACAGAGAUGAUGGGAAAGCUGUAACUCAUAUUGUAGCUAAAACAAUGACAGCAGAAAUGGUUAAGGAUUUUUCUGUUGAGACACUGCUUCAACAUGAUAAUUUAAACAUGGCUUUGGAUAGCUGUUACAGUGGCGAUAGUGUGGUCAUUUUCCCGGGAGAAUAUAAGGCUGUAAACCUCUCCAUGUUAACUGAGGAUAUUAUUAUUCAAGGAGCUGGAAAGCCAGAAGAAAUUGUGAUAGUUUCAGAGCCUACUCAUGAGAGUUUUGUGGUAUCCAAAGCCCAAAAUGUGAAACUAAUGCACCUCACUUUAGUACAACAGGGGACUGUUGAUGGUAUUGUGGUGGUUGAAUCUGGUCAUAUGACUUUUGUAAACUGUAUAUUGAAAUGCGAAGGAACUGGAGUCUGUGUGCUUACUGGAGCUUCUCUGACUAUUACAAACAGUGAGAUUACUGGAGCUCAGGGUGCUGGUGUUGAGCUUCACCCAGGAAGCACAGCCAUUUUGGAGGGUAACAAAAUUCACCACUGCAAUAACUUCAAAACCAGUGAGAGUUCACAGGGUGCCCUAGGUGGAAUUAACAUUAAGGUUGUUCCUGUCCCUAAACUGAAGAUGAAAAAUAAUCACAUUUAUAGUAACAAUGGUUAUGGAGUGACCAUCCUUCAGCCUAUGGACCAACUCUCUACUACAGGAGGGAUACUGGAAUUUACUGCAUCGGGCGAUGCAGAGGAAGAUAUGCUUUCCAAACUAAUGCAUGAAUUGAGCCUAGAGAUGAGUAGUAACACAAUAGAUGAUAUCAAGGGUCUCAGCGUAGUUAAUAGUUAA